GCAAUGCAAGAGAUUAUAAAUUUUCUCUAUAAUAAUUUAAUAUACAAAGGGGAACUUGAUUGUGUGGUAAUUUUCUUCAUUGAAAUACCGAAAGCAAUGGUUUUAAAAAAUACUGUUCUUAAAAAACUGACCGCUCAUGACUACAAAAAGAUUGCCUUGCAAUAAUACAAAAUUUAGUCCGUCUGCCGGAACGGCAACACUGCUAGCCAUCUGCCAUCGUUAAGGUUAGGGACCGCUGCACAAAAUGCUUUGCUGAGUUUUUGUUUUGAUUUGCGUGCAGACUAACCAGCAGCAACUGACAACAGACUUGGACCUGAACGACGUCCAGCUAGAAUUACAGACCCCAGCCCGUAGCAGUGAUGCAAUAAUGGGGGAUGAAAAGUGGCGGAACAAAAGCUGGCGACUCCCUUCCUGCGUCCCAGUCACCAUCAUCCUAUCCCUGGUGAUUCUGUUAGUGGUUCUGCCAUUCCUGGAUGAGAAGAUCAGCAUUGAGGACAAAAAGGAUAGCCAACAGUACGCGACCAAGUGGGCAACAUGCCACAAUUCGUGCAGGGCGUCGCUUGUCGAGAGCAUCCCCGAGGGUUUGGCCUACAGGCCAAGUGAAGUGAUUCACUCUGCCACUUAUGAUACUUGGCAGAAUUUGCUGCAAAUUGCUGAAAAAUCCAUUGAGAUUGCUUCUCUUUACUGGACACUUAAAGGGUCAGACGUCUACCCCUACCCAUCAGCACACAAGGGUGAGGAAAUUCUGCAUGGCUUAAUGCAAGCUGGUGUGCAUAGAGGGAUUAAAAUCAGAAUAGCGCAAAAUGCACCUACACCGGAGAACCCAAAUCUUGACACCGAAUUUCUUGAAAAGCAUGGAGCAGCUGAGGUUCGCAGUUUGAACUUUCAAAAAUUGGUCGGCGGCGGAGUUUUGCACACCAAAUUUUGGCUGAUUGACCGCAAACAUGCUUACGUCGGCAGCGCCAAUAUGGAUUGGAGGUCACUCACUGAGGUCAAAGAAAUGGGAGUCGCCAUCUACAAUUGCAGCUGCCUUGCUUCUGAUCUGGGCAAAAUUUUUGACGUCUACUGGUACUUGGGAAAGGAGGGAGCUACCGUCCCGAGCAAAUGGCCGGAUCAAUUUGGCACCAAAUUCAACAGGGACCACCCGAUGAAUCUCACAUUCAACGCUACUUCCCCCUCAAACGUUUUUAUAUCCAGUUCACCCCCACAAUUUUGCCCAAAGGGACGAACGUCCGAUAUUGACACAGUACUAGACGUUAUUGGUUCCGCAAACCAAUUCAUCCACAUUGCUGUCAUGGACUACUUCCCACUGACCAUUUACACGCCAAAGAUCAAGCACUGGCCUGUAAUAGACGAUGCCUUAAGAAGCGCUGCUGUCGACAGAAAGGUGACAAUUAAGCUCCUUGUGAGCCACUGGAAUCACACCAGACCCUCAAUGAAAUAUUUCUUAGAAUCACUGACUACUCUAACACAGUCGUUCCCUUGGGUUCGGAUUGAAGCUAAAUUCUUUGAGGUACCAAGUUCUGAGGCUCAAAGCAAAAUUCCCUUUGCGCGAGUUAACCACAACAAGUACAUGGUAACCGACAACACGGCGUAUAUUGGUACGUCAAACUGGUCCGGGGACUACUUCAUCAACACUGGAGGGGCGGCCGUGGUGGUGAGAGACCCUAACACUGAACUAGACGAUGCCCUCAGAGACGAAGAAAGUUUGCGACAACAGCUGGUUGCAGUCUUUGAUCGAGACUGGAACUCCCCAUACGCCGUCCCUAUCAGUCAAAAAUAGAUAAAUUUUGGGAAAAAAUGAAUACGAAACCAAAGACUAUUUAAGGGGAGUUUGAAUCAAAAUCGAUGAUCUUCAACAUUUGCUCACAAAAACUGUUCCUCAAGUUCACUUCUUGCGAGUUGAUGAAAAAAUUAGAGGAAAGUGUAAAUACACGAGUCUGUUUUGUAA